CGGCGAAGCGGCUCUAAAUGAACUGUUAUUUGGCGGCGCGCGAGUAUCAACUUGAACAUUAGAGACCUAAGAGUAAGGAUGAGUCUGUCGCUAAGAGCGGAGUUUGCCCUGGACAAGAGCAAGAAGAAGAAGAAGCGAGAACUAGCAGACGAACAGAAACAGGAAAUCAAAGAGGCGUUUGACCUGUUUGACACAGACAAGGACCGGGCUAUUGACUACCAUGAACUGAAGGUUGCUAUGCGAGCGCUGGGCUUCGAUGUGAAGAAAGCGGAUGUCCUGAAAAUACUGAGAGACUAUGACCGAGAGGGCACCGGGAAAAUCACAUUUGAUGACUUCAAUGAAGUUUUGACAGACAUGAUGCUGGAGCGGGACCCACAGGAGGAGAUACUGAAGGCCUUCAAGUUGUUCGAUGACGACACGUCCGGCAAGAUCAGCCUCCGAAACCUCCGACGAGUGGCAAGGGAGCUUGGGGAGAACAUGACGGAUGAGGAGCUGAGAGCAAUGAUAGAUGAGUUUGACCGCAACGGAGAUGGAGAGAUUGACGAGGAAGAGUUCAUCGCCAUUAUGACGGGCGACACAUAGAUAAGAGGCGGGCCAUGACAUCAUUCAUGCCAGAUUGACUAGGGACACAUCUGACAUCAUACACCCGGGGGACUACCAAUGACGCAUUCGACACCAUUUACAGAAAAAUGUCUACCAUUGACACAUUCACUGGCUGGAUCAACAGCCGCGGUGCAAAAUGUGAUGUGUCAGCUUAUUACAUGUCACAUGAUCAGUGGACAGUUGACCAGUAUGUUGAUAGUAUAUCCAGGAUGUGAACUGUACUUUGUCACUGGUACGUCAAGUCAGCCAUGUUUUCAUGUGCAUUCUAUUCUCAACAGGUUCGCUGUCUGUAUUGACAUCUGACUUCAGGAACAUUCCCUUUCACAUGUCAUACAUUACAUUCACCAGUUCUAUUGACCAAUACACUCAUGUUGGAUGUACUCUCAGCUGUCCUCGUUACCCUGGAAACUCACAGAAACUUUCCAUCAUAAUCAUAAUCAUAAUCGAUACAGUAGUAGACUUCUGUUUGCUGUACAUUGGUGUCAACGUUUUGUGGGAUAUUUUGUGUAAGUCUUUGUGAUUCUGAUGUCCAUGUAAGUGUAGAAACGUCGCUACGUCCAUGGUGUAGACUCCUGAACCUGCUGUUACUGCUGCUGAAUCCCGACCCAGGACCGUCUGUCUCUCCGUCAGCUCUUUAAGGUCUCACGACUCUCAUUGACCUGCCCCCCACUUGGGUACAAUGUGUGAAGCCCAUUUCUGGUGUCCCCGCCGUGAUGUUGCUGGAAUAUUGCUAAAAGCGGCGUAAAACCAAAACUCAGUCAGUCAUUAACCUGUCAACAGCUUUAGACAAAUCAUUUUCAGAAACACUUCAAGUGUUUUUAUUUGUACGUCCCAGAAACGUACAGACAAUUCAGUCUGGUUGCUAUCUAGAACCUGUACUAAGGCCACAUUGUGCGGACUGCUCUUGACUACAGCAUGUCAGUACGUUCUGAGUAAACAGCCAUUCUACACCGCUAUCUAACUUCUAUGAUUGCCGCAAGCUAAGAUAGUUUUGUUGGACAAGAUCAAGAUAAGGUUGUUUCAGUUUGAUAGAAGUAUAUUUCCCUGUGCUUUAAAGUUACUCUCUCACUCCGUCCCUUCAUGUUGAAUAACUGUUUGUUUAUGCUAUCGUUGUUGUCCUCGCCGUUUCCUUGUUGAGGAGUGUUUGAAAUUUGUUUAUCUGACAUUGUCUUGUUUAUGAAUUGUCUGCAGACAAAAAUCACCCCAGUA